CAGUGACUUUGACAUGAAGUUGCUGCACCUUAAGCCCCGGGUCUCCUUUAUAUGGAAACAUUAAGCUGCUCUCGCAGGUCAGGGGGAAGAAGGGGGAGGACUUCAGGCUUCGGAUCCUUUUCCCUCCUGUCCUGCCUUUGCGGGGGAGGGGUGGUGCCCUGAGCCCAAGUCACAUCCAACCCUGUGAGCUGGGCCAUGUUGGACACAGACAGGGCCCCCUGGAGGUGAAGACCCCAGUCGGCUUUGUGAAAUGGACAUGGUAUCGUCUGCCUCACAGGGUUGAGAAUGGGACUCAAGGAUUUAGGAGGAGAGUCCUGGGUUGGGAAGGCUCAGGACCAAACAGACACCCCACCCCCGGCACCGCGUGGGUCUGGCUGGGUCUCUGAGGCUGUUCCCCAACCUGUGAAACAGCGAUGGAUGAUCUGGCCCUCCCAGUGUCCUGAACAGUCAGGGUGUGCGGCGGGGUCUGGUGGAGUCCAGUGGGUGGGCUGCAGACGUCGGUGAGCUCCUUACGAGGCCCGGGACCUAGUAGGUGCUCAGGAAACAGGAGCGCACCUGUUAGGGUCGUCCGUGGUUCGUCACUCAGGCUUGGGCACCGAGAAGCCCAGGUGGGAGUCCAGAGUUUCCCACGUUCCGGCUGAGGGACGUGAGACAAGGGAUGGGCCUCACCGCCUCAGUUUGCUUUAAAAAAAAGCAAAGUCCCCACAUCCAAGAGCUGUGGUUAGAGACGGGGAGAGGGCGUGAGGAGGCCCAGCCUGGGGGCUCAGUGUGAUCGCUGCAAAGAUAGAGGCUGGAGCCUGGAUUCUGACCUCAAACCUGCCCCCUUCAGCGUUGAGCCUCAGUUUCCUCUUUUUAGAAGAAAAGAUCUCUAAUGCCCAGGGUUGUGAGGAUGAGAAAAGAGUCAAGGUUGGGGCACAUCAUGGGCGCUGGACACAGCCAGGCCCAGUCCACCCUGACCUGAGCUGCAGCUCUGCCUCUGUAGAGUGGGCGUAAUAGACCCCACGUGGCAGAGCUGUCCAGGUGGUCGUGAACAGCAGGUGCAGAGCUGGGGGUCAGGGAGGGGGCCCAGUGGUGUUGAACUUGAUGUCAACUGAAUGCCUUCUCCUUGGAUUAAGUGCCCCCAGUCCUGCCAAGAAGCCCAUGAGGAUCUGCAGGGCCUGGCACAGGGGGCACCGAGUACGUAGGUGCUUGGUAAAUAUUGAUGGAAGUGAUACACAAAAUAUUUAACCCCCAGCCCAGAUAGAUCCUGGAAGUCCCUCCACCACAGGGCUGGAUGGUAAUAACCCUGCAGCUGCUGGUGGAUGACGAGGCCUGUAGGUCCACGCCCACCCCCUUCUCUCCACCUUUCCUCCACCCUGUCCGGAUUCCCUCCAUCGCCCAGAUCGGGGAACAGAGGCUCAGGAAGAGAUGAGACUUGCCACCAGUCAUACAGCUAGUAAGUGGCCAAGCCAGGAUUCAACCUGGAGCUGCCUGAUUAAAAAGCCCAAGGUCUUGGGCUGGCCCUGUGGCUUAGCGGUUAAGUGCGCACUCCGCUACUGGCGGCCUGGGUUCGGAUCCCGGGUGCGCACCGACGCACCGCUUGUCUGGCCAUGCUGAGGCCACAUCCCACAUACAGCAACUAGCAGGAUGUGCAACUACCACAUACAACUAUCUUGUGGGGCUUUGGGGAGAAAAAAGGAAAAAAUAAAUAAAAAAAAAAAAGCCCAAGGUCUUUCUUCUGGAUCCCUCUUCCUUUCAAAGUGAGGGUUUUUAAUGCCCAUUCAACAGAUGAGCAAACUGAGGCUCCAGAAAAGGAAGCCAGUGGUCUCAGGGCACAUAGUGGGUCGGCAACUGAGCCAGGAUUGGGCCCCAGGGUCUGUAUGACUGGAAGGCCCUUCCUGACCUGGAGAAAGAAGUCCAAUUUCUCCAUUUUUACAAUCAAGGAAACUGUGGCUCAGAAAGAUUUGCCCAAGAUCUGAGGAUCAGGGCUGAGCCAGGGUUUUUUUGUGUGUUUGUUUUUGUUUUUUCGAACAGCUUCAUUGAAAUAUAAUUCACAUACCAUAUAAUUCACAUAUUAAAGUGUACAAUUCAAUGUUUUUUAGUAUAUUCACAGAGUUGUGCAACCACAAUCAACUUUAGAACAUUUUCAGCACCCCAACAAGAAAUCCCACGUCCUCUGGCUACCACUGCCCAAUCCCCCUCUCUCCCCAGUCCUAGGCACCACUGGUCUAUUUUCUCAAUUUAUAGAUUUUCCCAUUCUGGCUAUUUCUUGUAAAUGAAAAUAUACAAUAUGUGAUCUUUUGUGACUGGCUUCUUUCAUAGCAUGAAGUUUUCAAGGUUCAUCUAUGUUGUAGCAUCUGUCAGUACUUCGUUCCUUUUUAUUGCUGGGUAGGAGUCCCUGGUGCGGAUAUACCACAUUUUAUUGAUCCAUUUAUCAAUUGAUGUACAUUUGGGUUGUUUCCAUCUUUUGGCUAUUGUGAAUAACGCUGCUACAAUCAUUUGUGUAUAAGUAUUUGUGUGGACACUUGUUUUUACUUCUUUUGCGUAGAUAUCUAGGAGUUGAAUUGCUGGGUCCUAUGGUAACUCUACAUUUAACCAUUUAAGGGACUGCCAGACUGUUUUUCACACCAGCUGCACAAUUUUAUAUUCCACCAGCAGUGUAUAAGAUUGCCAAUUUCUCCAUAUCCUUGCCAACACUUGUUAUUUUAUUUUUUCUUUUGUUAUUGCCAUCCUAGUGGGUGUGAAUUGGUAUCUCACUGUGGUUUAGAUUUGCCUUUCCCUGCUGGCUAAUGAUGUAGAGCAUCUUUUCAUGUGCUUAUUGGCUAUUUAUAUAUCUUUCUUGGAGAAAUGUCUAUUCAGAUCCUUUGCCUAUUUUUAAAUUGGGCUUUUUUUUUUUUUUUUUCUUUUUUAUGCUGAGGAAGAUUUGCUCUGAGCUAACAUCUGUGCCGGUCUUCCUCUAUUUUGUAUGUGGGUCACCACCACAGCACGGCCCCAAACAAGCCUUGUAGGUCCACAACGGGAACCGAACCCAGGCUGCCAAAGCAGGGCACACUGAACUUAACCUCUAGGCCACAGGCCAGCCCCAGGUUUUCUUAUUAUUGAGUUGUAAGGGCUGUUUAUAGAGUUUAGAAACAAAUUCCUUCUCAGAUAUAUGAUUUGCAACUAUUUUUGCCCUUUGAUGGAUUGUCUUUUCAGUUUCGUGAUGGUGUCCUUCAAAGCACAAAAGUUUUUAAUUUUGAUGAAGUUCAGUUUAUCUACUUUUUUUCCUUUUGUUGCCUGUGCUUUCUGAGCCUAUUUUUGAACCAUAGGUGACCUCAGAGCCAGGCUCAUCUCUCAAAGCUGACUCCAUGCUGGGAAGCAGUUAACUACAUAGUAGACUCUGAAUUUGCUAGCACUCAAAUCCCAGUUUACUCAGCUGUGACCUUGGGCAAGUUAAACACUCUGGGCCUCCGGUUCCUCAUCUGUAAAAUGGGGGUGAUAAUGUCUACCUUGCUGUGAGGCUCAAACAUGUCAAUUCACAUAAUCCGCUCAAAACAGUGUCUGGCACUGUAUAAAUGUCAGCUCUAAUUACUGUGGUGCUUGCUAUAACGCUGUUGUUAUGGCUACAGUUUUGCUGCUGUUGUUGCUAUACAGUAUCUCCCAUAGUAGUAUUGUCAUGGUUGUUGAUGGGUGCUGUUCUGACUUUCAAGAUGAGUAUCCUUCCACCCAUUUGCCAGAUGAGGCCGCUACGGCCCAGGGAGCAUGCCUGCUUGAGAAGUCCACCCAUUCCCGGCCCCCCUGACGCUGCUGCUUGUUUCUUGUCCCCGCAGGUUUGGGGCGCCCGCCCCCCACUAGGCCAAGUGGAGGGGGUGCCCCCACCCAAUGGGCCUGGCCAGGGCCCUGCGCCGCCUAAGCGGCGCCCUGGAGUCAGGAGAGAGCCGGGCGGUCGAUGAGGAGGAGGCCGGGCCGGGGCUGUGCCAUAACGGGUGGGCGCCGCAGCCGGUGGGACGCCGGCGGGGGCGCUUCGUCAAGAAGGACGGGCACUGCAACGUGCGCUUCGUGAACCUGGGCGGCCAGGGCGCGCGCUAUCUCAGCGAUCUGUUCACCACGUGCGUGGACGUGCGCUGGCGCUGGAUGUGCCUGCUCUUCUCCUGCUCCUUCCUCGCCUCCUGGCUGCUCUUCGGCCUGGCCUUCUGGCUCAUCGCCUCGCUGCACGGCGACCUGGCCGCCCCGCCGCCGCCCGCGCCCUGCUUCUCGCAGGUGGCCAGCUUCCUGGCCGCCUUCCUCUUCGCGCUGGAGACGCAGACGUCCAUCGGCUACGGCGUGCGCAGCGUCACCGAGGAGUGCCCGGCCGCCGUGGCCGCCGUGGUGCUGCAGUGCAUCGCCGGCUGCGUGCUCGACGCCUUCGUCGUGGGCGCCGUCAUGGCCAAGAUGGCCAAGCCCAAGAAGCGCAACGAGACGCUCGUCUUCAGCGAGAACGCCGUCGUGGCGCUGCGCGACCGCCGCCUCUGCCUCAUGUGGCGCGUGGGCAACCUGCGCCGCAGCCACCUCGUCGAGGCCCACGUGCGUGCCCAGCUGCUGCAGCCUCGCGUGACCCCAGAGGGUGAGUACAUCCCGCUGGACCACCAGGAUGUGGACGUGGGCUUUGAUGGUGGCACCGAUCGCAUCUUCCUCGUGUCUCCCAUCACCAUCGUGCACGAGAUCGACUCUGCCAGUCCUCUGUAUGAACUAGGACGUGCCGAGCUAGCCCGGGCCGACUUUGAGCUGGUGGUCAUUCUCGAGGGCAUGGUUGAGGCCACGGCUAUGACCACACAGUGUCGCUCUUCCUACCUUCCUGGUGAGCUGCUCUGGGGCCAUCGUUUUGAGCCAGUCCUCUUCCAGCGUGGCUCCCAGUAUGAGGUCGACUAUCGCCACUUCCAUCGCACUUACGAGGUCCCAGGGACACCGGUCUGCAGCGCCAAGGAGCUGGAUGAACGGGCAGAGCAGGCUUCCCACAGCCCCAAGUCUAGCUUCCCUGGCUCUCUGGCUGCAUUUUGUUAUGAGAAUGAACUUGCUCUGAGCUGCUGCCAGGAGGAAGAGGAGGAAGAGGAAACCAAGGAGGGGGAUGGGGCAGAGGCAGAAGAUGAGGCUGCCAGCCCCCGAGUACUCACACCAACCCUGGCGCUGACCCUGCCCCCGUGAUGUGAGCUGGUGUCUCCCUAUUUGUACUCCCUUCCCAGAGGUAGCAAGAUGGAGAGAUUUGGCCCUCUCCUGGGAUGGGGGCAGGUAUUUCCCAAGACCAACAGGCCUGCUGGAUAAAUUAUUAGCUGGUGAAGCUCUGCCAUGCCUAGUGGACCCACCACAGACAUACUGGACCUUAAUUCCUCUGCAUUCCAUGCUCCCUCUUGAGACCCCUUUGUCAGCCCGAUUCCUGAGCCUCACCAGAGCUGAGGGAUCCAGAAUUCUGGACCACCCGAGAGGCAAGGACCGGUGGUUCCAGAUUCCUCUAUACGGCUGACUUGGGUUGUUGAGCAGGGUCAGGAAUCAAUGGUAUAGACUGUCUCUGGGAGAGGAAGUUGGCAGUUCUUGAGCAGCAAUAGAGAUCAAGAGUUUGUAGCUCUGGAUUGACCAAAGAUUCAAGGGACUGUUGCUUCUAGACUCAGCCAACCAAGUAGCAAAUCAUUUUUUCUACACCACCUAAGGAGGGAAAGUUAUGGAAUGCCCCAAGAAUUCAAGACUAUCUUGAUUGACCAAUGACAAGGAAUGUUGACUGCAAGUCAACAAAAGACCUUGUGGUUCCAGAAAGCCCCAAAGUUGAGAUUCUGUGAAUCUAGAUUGACCACAGAGACAAGCAGUGGUAAUUCUAGAACAGGUUUGACCUAGGGAGUUGAACUACUCCAGAAACUAGACUUAUGUUUCUAGAAUGCACAAAACAAUAGUGAGUCUGUGGGUCUAGAAGGACUACAGUGACAGACUGGGAGUUCUUGAUAUUAGAUAACUCCAGACCACUGGCUGUAGAACAUCGAAGCGAGGGGAUAAUCAAUGCUUCUAAAUGAUCCACAGGUUUUUUUUUUUUAAGUGCCAUUCUAGAAUGUCCAAAGGAAUCAGGAUUCUGUGGCUCUAGAUUGAUCAUAGAGUCAAAGAAGGAGUGGUGAUCCUAGAUAUGUCUGAGAUUGGCUGGUUCCAGUUUGCCCAGUGGAGUUGAGAAUCUUGAUGAUUCCACAUGACUUCUUUGUGGUUCUGUAAUGCCAAAGGAAUCAAGGCUCCAGGGAUCCAGAGUUGUCCAUUAUCAAAACCUGGAAGUUCUAAUCAGCUCCUAGAACUUGGCAGUUCUAGGAGGUGGACUCAGGACUCGAUAGGCAGCAUUUCUGGGCUGACCUAGAAGGUGUGGGUAACAGGGCUACUUAUUGGGCAAGGGAAGGGAGAGGCCCAAGGCUGGUGAGUCUGCAAUCCUCUGGAAUUCUACACCUAGCAAUGUGUGUCUAUUUCUUAAAGAUGUUAUACAUACAUGUAUUAUACAUAUAUAAUAUA